CUUCUUCGAUGGCGGUUAUGGGACCUCGACCCGGGCUGUACCGUUGGCGACGUCUCACUCAGCCUCGUCCGAGAGAGAAGCCAAAAUUCAAUGCUGACAGUGUGGAGCACUGGAUUAAGCAGGUGGAACAAGCCUCUGAAUUUGCUGUUUCUGAGGUUUUUUCCCUAAAAAAGAAACCCUAUUCUCAAAGCCUUCAUGGUCCGGUGCUGGAUUUGGAGUCAGCAGAGCAGCUGCAAGAGCAUGAUGAGGCAUAUGCAGAAGCUCAAGAACUGCUCAGCGAUUGGAUGAAUUCAAAACUGAAAAUGGAACUGGCAUCUGAUCAAGAAGAUGGUGCUGAGGAUCCAGCUGCUGGCUCUGUUCGUCCCCAGGAGCCCCCUACUGGCUUUCAGAAGUAUGACAAGUUUGAUGAUUUGUAUUAUUAUGUGGAACAAGAAAUAGAAAAUACUACAGUGCAAGACUUUUUGCAGCAUCUACUGCAAAGUGAAGUAGUGAACAGCGGGAUAUUGGAAGACCUUAGAACUGAAGAUUUCAAGGAGAAGAGGAAGUCCAGGGACCCUCGAAUUACCAUGGAGCUAAGGCACAAACAGGUAAAAGAAAAUCGCCUGAGGCACCAGAAAGCACUAGAGCUUGCGAAACAAGAGAAGGCCCUGAAAAAAUCUGCCAUGACAGAAGCCCGAAAGCAACUGCAGGAGAAGAACAAGAAAAAGUUCCUGAAAGCCAGGAAGGAAGAAGAGGAAAUCCAACUGCAGAUGGUAAAACUGCGGAAAGAAAUGGUAGAAAAAAGACACCUCAUGCAACAAGCACGGGAAAUGGAAAGAAAAAGACACAAGUUAAAAAAAAUCCAGAGGCUGGUAGAAUCUGGCCUGCCUCCUACUUUGCCAGCCCUGCCAGACUGUGAGAAAGAAAGAGGAAGGAAGGAGAAAGAAAGCAGGCUGCAGGAACUGCUGGGCAAGAUAGACACUGCAAAUCACAAGCGGCUGCAAAAGUAUUUCUCUGCCUGGUAUAAGCUUAUUCUGGAUCUCAAGAUCAAGCUGGGGAAAGCCCGGGCCCUGGCGGACUGGAAGUGCCAGCUGAAGGCCUUGCGAGCCUGGAGAGAUUACGCGUGGUCUCAGAAAAUGGAGCAGGAGACUCAGAAGAUAGAGAGCCAGCUGCGGGAUCAAAACAGGAACAAACAGUUGGCGACAGAGUUUAAUCGGAAGUGCAUUUUGAGCCGUUAUUUUGCUGAAUGGCAGUGUUGGAGCCAAAUGGAGAUUGAAAAGAGAGAGCUGCAGUUGAAAAAGGAGGAAACAAGGAGGAAAAUGGCAAAGCUCCUGGAGGAAGUGGCCCUGGGGGGAAAUCCUACCCAUCGCCCAUGGAAUGCCAGAGAGGCAGAAGAAGCUCAGGAUCGACCUCAGAGUAAUGAAGAGGUGGCUGAAAUACUCCUUUUAGAAAAGGAGCCCCCAGCUGCAAAAGUGGAAAGAGCACAUUCCUGCUCUCCAGAGAUGGGCCAGAAAUGUAAUAUUCCUCCACCAAAGCCCAAGUGGGCAUGGCAGGUCACCCGGAAGCAUGCUGCUUUGGAUGCCCAAGACCGGGUCACGUUUGACAGCCUAACAAGAAGCUCCAUCCAGCAUCUCAGUACUCCAAGUCCAAAAGUGGUGCCUGGCUGGUUGGGCCCCUUCGAGCACCGCCACGCCUUCCAGCAGCGGCUGAUUGAAGAACAGCGACGGCAACUCCAAGAACAGCAAGAACUGAUCCAUGAGCUUCAGGGAGAUCAGAGUCUCAAGAAGGCCCAGGAGGAGGCUGGCCAAGCCACGGCUCUUUCCAGGGCACUUGGUGAUCCUGCUCCGAAAACGAGAGAGGGAAAGCCGCUGAGAGAAAAUCAGACAGAUUACAAGAAUACCAAACCUCAGAGGUCAGAAAAUCACCAACUGGCUGCUAAAAACCAGAAGAAUCUGAAGGUGCCAUCCUCUGCCCAUCCUUUACUCAAAGCUAUGGAAGAGAGGGCUAUUCAGAGAGCAGAGCGGAGGAAGGAAUUGGAGGAAGCAAAGAAGAAACAUGAAGAGGAAAGGCUGGCCCAGCUGAAGGCCGAAGAGGAGGAGCGUCAGAGGCAAGAAGCAGCAGAAAAAGAGGCUCAGCUAGAGAAGAGGCGGGAGGAGAAGAGACUGCAGAAAAUGAAAGAACUGGAAAAGCAGAAAAGGCUAGAGAGGGACCAGCAGCUGCUAUCAAAAGCAAAGGAGCAUUAUGUUAAGGUCCUGCUCACAAAUCGGGGGCUGGAGCCCUGGAAAAAAUUGAUGGAGCAAACUCAGCAAAAUGCGGUGGUGGCAGAAAGACAUCACUGUCUUGGACUGCAGAGAAAGUGUUUGCUUUCCUGGCUUCAGCACACACAAGAAACUCUCGCUAGGAAAACAGCUCAGGCUGAGAAGCUCUGUGCUUGCCUACUACUGAAAAGGUACUUGAGGAGCUGGAUAAAGUACAAGGAUUAUGCAUCUGCUUUGGAAGAAAAUGCAAACAAAUUCCACGAGACGUCACUUAAGAAGACCGUCUUUGGGGCUUGGUUAGAUAUGUUUAAUAAAGAGAAGCAUGCACUGUGGGAGAAACAAAAGAUAGCAGACCAAUACAAUGACAGGAGAAUAAUACUGAUUGCAUUCAAGGCCUGGAAACAGUUCCCAAUGUUGAUGAAAGAGGAAAGGGAGAAAGAAGAAAGACUGCAACUGUUAAGGAAGAGAGUCGCUGAAAUUCUUCCAGACUUCCUCACAUAA